CACUUGCAUGUUAGACUUUUGUCUUUACACGGAUUGUUUACCGUAACGGUCAUAAUAAUGAGUGUUUAUCUGGUUGUCCUCAUAGUUUUAUCCUAUCUGGUUUGGAUAAAAUGCAUUUAUUGUCGACAUCGGCGAACUUUAUUGAAGUCGUUGAGACAUGUAAUGAACGAUUUGACAGACAGAGAACCAAACGGCGCUGAUAUCAGAGCUCUGCUUGUAACUGCGCACCCGGAUGAUGAAUGUAUGUUCUUCGCGCCGACGAUUAUACGCCUCGUUGAAUUAAAUGCCACCGUUCAUUUGCUGUGUUUGUCUAAAGGAAACUACUACAAACAAGGAGCUCAGCGAAAACAAGAACUUCUCAACAGCUGUGCUGUGUUGGGGAUACCAGACUCCAGAGUCACCAUAGUAGACCAUGAAAGACUUCCAGACGAUCCCAAAGCAAGAUGGAGCGUCUCACUGGUCUGCUCUGUUAUAAUGAAGCACAUCAGAGCUCACUCCUUCAACAUGGUGCUGACCUUCGAUGGAAGCGGUGUGAGUGGCCAUGCCAAUCACAAAGCCAUCCAUAAAGCUGUCAGCCAUCUCGCUUCCACUGGACAAGUACCUAAUGACUGCUGUUUGCUCUCCCUGGUGACUGUUGGCCUCCUCAGGAAGUACAUUUCUUUCCUGGAGCUUCCCCUCAGCUGGCUGCUGCCUUCAGGCCUCUGCUGUAUUAUAGGCUCACAGGGCUACAGGCAAGCCAAAGAUGCCAUGUUUUGUCACCGCACUCAGCUGGUGUGGUUUCGUUACCUCUACAUCACCUUCUCUCGCUACAUGUUCGUCAACACUCUCCAAAUGAUCCCACAGGGACCAAAGAACCUGAAGAUCUAUUAAGCUGAUCUCAUCCAGAUGCACUGAUUCCUCUGUUGGUCUCCCACUGUCUGACUGCUUGAUUACUGUGGUCGGAGUGGACUAUGCUGUUUACAAAUCUAAGAGCGGUUUUGCUCACUGUGAAUAAAGAUUUCUUCGGUACUUUAUUGGAUAGAGUAGCCUGAAAAUGUCGUAAGCACUUUCCUUAAAUGAAACUGACAAAAAUGUUGAAGAACACUUCUUAUGACUAUUUGUUACAGAAAUGUCUUUAUUGUCAUUACACUGCAUAAGAACACAAGGGUUUGAAUAAGUUGGGUUUUUAUAAAUCUCAUAAUGUCAAUGAUUGUAGAAAAAAGUGUAAAGUAUUUCUGUUUUACUGGUUUGAUUAAAAAAAGGUUUGAUUCUUA